UAAGGAUAAGUGAUAAGGAUUAGAGAUAAGGCUUGGGAGUUUGGUGGGAAUGUUAAAUGUUUCAGUGUUUCAGCUUUAGCAAUCCGUCUCGACUGGUGUAAAUUGAUAUUUGAACAUUCUCCUGUCGUCUGUAAGGUGUUUUUUCGUUUGUAAAAAUGUAUAAAAAAAAGUGUAGGUCGAUUGUCUAGGUAUCAGUCAUUAGUCGUGGUGUAAGUCGAUAACUGACUGAGCAAACCACCAAAGGCUUAUUGAAUUAGCUAUCAUUUUAGAUGUUCAAAAGUGUAUAAUCGAUAGCCGUAUUCGAUUGUCUAGCAAUCAGUCAUCACCGCUGUGUGUACUUGUAAUUAAGCCAAAUAGGUAGGCAAUCCGACUGCGUCGGAUAGCAGACAAUAUGCGAACCCCAUAUGAUCCGGUUUUCCUGACCCCGUUGAUUGCUUAAGCGUAGUGUACACGAUGCUAGUUUACUAGCGACUAGUGAAACACCAUCUUACUAUCUCACUAGUAUAUAGUAAAAUAGUUAUUUCAUAUACACGAUAUUUAAAUACUAGUAGUUAAAGUACCACUAGUACCACUAUACCAACUACCAGUAGUCAGUACAGCCUCAUGACUGGUCAUCGUGGAGUACCCUCUGCUGUUUGAUUUAAUUUGUUUUUAAUCUAUAAUAAGUUUGUGAUAUAUUUGUGUUUACGCCAUGGACAACAAAUUUGUUUUGGCGUGUAUACAUUUUCUGAGAACCGCAAUAAAAAUUGAACUUGAAAGAAGAAAAAAAACUAAGAAGAGAUUGUGGGUAAAAAAAUGGAUUUCUAACAGAGAUUAUUUAGGAGCUUCUUCUACCUUACUUAGGGAGUUGGCGGUUGAUGAUCAACUGUCAUAUAGAAACAUAAUGCGAAUGAGUACAGAAAACUUUGAAAAUCUUUUGUGUCUCACUAGAAGCAUGAUACAAAAGCAAGAUACAAAUAUGCGAAUGGCACUACUGGCCAAGUUAAAACUUGAGAUAACAUUACGUUUUUUAGCAACGGGAGAUUCAUUCAAGUCUUUACAGUAUUUGUUCAGAAAACCAGCAUGUACAAUUUCAAAAUGUUUGCCCGAAGUUCUUGAUGCGAUAACAGAAGCUCUUAAAUCAUAUUUAAAGGUCCUUAGUAGAUGUGGUCAUGUUGGAAAAGUUAUUGAAUACAUAAAACUAAAAAAUAUGGAACAAAGCAUUAUUGAAAAUAUGAGGGAUAUGGUAUUAAAGGCAGCAGGGGAAUAUGUGGAAUCGAAUUUCAAAACAAAAAAAUUGGGUAAAAAAAAGACUGCCAAACUUGUCCAAGAUUCAGUCAAAAUAUUCGACAGCAGUGCGGCAAAAAAUUUUGCUCAGUAUUUAAAUGCUGUAAAAAUUCUACAAAAUGUUCCCUACCAACCACAAAUAACUGUAGCUGAUAUUCCUGAGGUUUUUGCCAACCCUCCCACCCAACAGAAAGGAGAUUUCUGCAAUAUGUUUUGGCAAAAUGUGGUUGGUUGUCAGAGUAUAAUGUCUAUGGACAAUUCAAUAUCUUUUGCUAUUUCCUGUCUUGUUCACGACAGAAGCGAUGAUGUCAAUUUGAGUGAAGUUGAGUUUCAUUUCUAUAAACUUAUAGAAAUGAAAAAAAGUAUUAUUAAAAUGAAUAUUGUAACUCAUUAUAUUGAUACAUUUGAACACCAAAUUGAAAAGUUCAUCGCUAAAGAUUAUAAAAUUAUAGUAACACAUAUUGACAUACUGCAAUCAAAUGUGUUGAAUAAUGUGGAGUUUUGCUUAAAAAACUUUUUAAGCAAACUGGACAACUGGUGGAUGCAUCCCUAUGUGCGUUAUGAUACCAGUUGCCUGUAAGUUAUAAAAGCAAUA